AUGUCCCGCCAGGCCAAUGUGGAGUACACGCUGCGCAGCCUGGGCAACCUGAUGGGCGAGAAGCGCCGCCGGCCGCAGGCGGCGCCCGACGCGGCCAGCCUGGGCGAGCGGAGCCUCAUCGCCGCCGCCGAGUCCUGCUCCAGCCUGCACAGCCCAGCCUCGGGCGGCGGCGGCGGCGGCGGCGGCGGGUGCGCGGAGCUGGAGCGGGCGGCGCGGCGGCAGUUCCAGCGGGACGAGACGCCGGGCUUCGUGUACGUGGUGUCGGUCUUCUCCGCCCUGGGCGGCUUCCUCUUCGGCUACGACACCGGCGUGGUGUCCGGCGCGCUGCUGCUGCUCAAGCGGGAGCUGCGCCUCGACGCCGCCUGGCAGGAGCUGCUGGUCUCCAGCACGGUGGGCGCCGCCGCCCUCUCGGCGCUGGCCGGCGGGGCGCUCAACGGCUGGUGCGGCCGCCGCGCCUGCAUCCUCCUGGCCAGCGGCCUCUUCGCCGCCGGCGCCGCCCUGCUGGCCGCGGCCCAGGACAAGGAGACCCUGCUGGGCGGCCGCGUCGUGGUGGGGCUCGGCAUAGGUAUUGCUUCUAUGACGGUCCCAGUAUACAUUGCAGAAGUUGCUCCACCCCAUCUACGAGGCAGAUUAGUUACUAUAAAUACACUCUUCAUCACAGGCGGCCAGUUUUUUGCAAGUGUUAUAGAUGGAGCCUUCAGUUACCUUCCAAAGAAUGGAUGGAGAUACAUGCUGGGACUUUCUGCAGUUCCAGCUGUAAUACAGUUUCUUGGCUUCCUUUUUCUUCCUGAAAGUCCCCGCUGGCUUAUUCAGAAAGGGCAGACUCAGAAGGCACGCAGAAUUCUGUCUCAGAUGCGGGGUAACCAAACAAUAGAUGAAGAAUAUGAUAGUAUCAAGAAUAACAUUGAAGAGGAAGAAAAAGAAGUCGGUGCAGCUGGCCUGGUGAUCUGCAGAAUGCUGACCUAUCCUCCAACUCGAAGAGAAUUAAUUGUGGGUUGUGGUCUACAAAUGUUCCAACAGCUGGCAGGGAUUAACACAGUCAUGUACUACAGUGCUACUAUUAUGCAGAUGUCAGGCGUUCAAGAUGACCGGCUUGCAAUCUGGCUUGCUGCAGUGACAGCAUUCACUAACUUCAUUUUCACUCUGGUUGGAGUCUGGCUGGUUGACAGAGUGGGCCGUCGAAAACUCACGCUUGGAAGUUUAGCAGGCACUACUGCUGCACUUCUUGUUCUGGCUUUGGGUUUUUUGCUGUCAGCUCAGGUUUCACCACAAGUCACUCUUAAUCCUGAAGGCCCUUCAGGUCAGAACUCUAGCUGCACAAAAUACAGUUACUGUAAUGGAUGCAUGCUGGAUCCAAUUUGUGGGUUUUGCUACAGACUAAACAAGUCAAGUGUUGUGGAGUCCUCCUGUGUUCCUGUUAAUAAGAAAUCUACAAUGGAAGCUGCUUGGGGCAGAUGCUCAAAUGAGACAAGACUCAAAACUGGAGACACAUUUUGGGCUUAUAAUUUCUGUCCUACACCAUACUCUUGGACAGCACUCCUGGGACUUAUUUUAUAUCUGGUUUUCUUUGCACCAGGAAUGGGACCAAUGCCUUGGACAGUAAAUUCUGAAAUAUACCCCCUUUGGGCUAGAAGUACAGGAAAUGCGUGCUCUUCUGGCGUCAACUGGAUUUUCAAUGUUCUGGUGUCACUAACAUUUUUGCACACAGCUGAGUAUCUUACAUACUAUGGAGCAUUCUUCCUGUAUGCAGGAUUUGCUUUCGUGGGACUCAUUUUCAUCUAUGGCUGUCUUCCUGAAACAAAAGGGAAGAAGCUGGAGGAAAUUGAAAGCUUGUUUGAGAACUCCCUGUGUACAUGUGGUAUUUCAGAUUCUGAUGAUGGGAGGUAUAUAGAAUAUAUCCGGGUAAAGGGAAGUAAUUAUCAUCUUUCUGACAACGAUGCUUCGGAUGUGGAGUGAUUUUCAAUUGCUGACGUAUUUGAUCAUUUAAAAGUCUUGGGGGUGGGGAAGAAGGAGCCGUUCUUGAGGACCUCACUGCCCUGCUUCUGGUCUGAUUCUCCUGCCUUCUCGUUUGUUUAUCGUUCUUCUAAACCAUGUUGUUUCGAAAACAAAAUAAAGUGAAAUACAAUAUUCGCCAAAAGUGACGGCUUGCAAAGGGGAGAAGAGCAAGUUAUCCCACGAUGAUGCAGGCAUUCCAAUAGCAGGCACUGCUGUAUUCCUAAUGUCCCCAAAAUGAUGAAACCCAGUGCAAUUGAUGAAAUGCUAAGCUAAGUUGUCGGUCUUGCAAAAACAUGUGAAAAAGAUCAACUAGCCAGAAACCAGAUGAAUCAUAAAAGUACGGUUACCUGGCAACCAGCAUUUGGUAUGUUCAGUACAGAAGUGCUCAACCUGUUACGAAAUAAGCAGGAGAGAAAAAUCCACUGCCUGCUGUGAAAAUCAUGAUUUAUUUAGUAUUACUACGUUCUUGAAAAGCAAUUUAAUUUCAUAUGCAUGGAGAGGGUGGGGUUUUGCAGUACUCCCCAUUUCAUUUUUGAACAUGCCUGCCUUUUACAAACACAAAUCUGUUUUAAUUGUCAUUAUUUCAUUUGAGAAACCCUUUGCAAUUCAGUGAAGAACUGUGUUAGAAAUCCUUCGGCUUUUCCAAGUGUGAAUUGUGGAGUAGGUGGUCAGGCACUUGAAACCAGGUAUAAGGAGGCAGGUCUAAUCCUUCAUAGGAAUUGCAGCACAUUGAAGAAUGUCACUCUCAGUAGAGCAACCCCAAUCCUUUCCUUUUUGUAUCUUCCUUAAAGUAAACCCCUUCAUUUAGCCCCUUAGUGCAAACCAUUAAACAAGCUUAUAAGUAUGCCCUAUUACUUCCAGGCUGGUCCAAGCAUAUCACUGUAUCUAAUAGUAGAGUGGCUGGGCCUCUUGCUAAUCAUGAAAACAGUAAAACAGGGCCGCCUGCAGACAAAUCAAGGUUAUCAUUACAUAGUUUUCAUCUCCAGGCAUGCAGAAAAAUAUGAUUGUGCAAAUUCACCCCCCUGUCCUGAUGUCUGCAAACGCUUCAGGACACACAGAACGUUGAGAGCAGCAAAGUGGGAAAGGCAGGUCGGCCUGUCCAGGUCCAUGCACACUUACAGAAUCCUGGGAGGGGAGAUUUUGUGUAGUGUGAUUAAUUUUUAUAUAUUGUCUCCUCACCACCACACCACCCUGUGAACUCUUAGCUUGUUCUCCUGGGAUAGGUUGGUAUACUGUACUGUUUUAAUUAAUUUUAAUUAAUCUUUUAAAAUUGUGAUAUUGGAAAUGUACUGUUUAUUAGUUGAUGUGAUGUCUGGAAAAUUUGUGAUAGCCUAUGGCAAUAGACAGUAAACUCUCUAGACUCUUAGCUUGUUCAUUUAUAUUUUGAGAUUUUGUCCACUGAUCGCAGUCUAUGUAAUGCGAUCAGAAUUUAAUACAACUAAUACAUUAUACAGUUGUUCUGGGAUAGUACCAUUUCAAAAGCAGGUAGGAAUCAUAUGUUUGACAGCUUCCAUGAAAAGCUAGUAUAUCAAGGAGAAAGGUAUUAGUGUAAUAUUCUCCAUGCCGCGCUCUGUUUCCGUGGAUCAGGAGACAUUUGAGCGCAGGGGAUGUGUCAUUACUUGCUUACUAGAAAACAAGUAAUUUAAAUGGAUUAAACCUGAUUUUGAUAGCUUUAAAUGUUGUCUUUGUAGCUGGCACUAAUCAAAAUAAUUAAUAUUGCACUAGUGUUUUUGUGCCUUUCUCAUAUUUUCCCUUCCAACUCUACUUCCUUUGCAAGUUUGGCUCAUAAAAAUCUACUGGGAGCCAAGAAGAGUAAGGCCUGUAGAUCACUGUAUAAUUCUCCGUUGUCUCCUCCUAAUAAUGAGGCUGGCUACCACACUAGGCAAACAAAUCCAUAGCUCUUCUCUUGUGCUGAAAAGGUAAAUUUUCAUCCAUCUGCAAGUAUGAUUUGCUUCAGCGGAAGUAUUUUAAAAAGGCAAAUGAAGGUUCCUUAACUUAGAAGGAUAAUGUAGCCCCCCUUUAAACAUUAAAAUACGUUCUCAAACUUUAUAACUCUGUAAGGUAAAAUUCAGAUUUCCCCAACAGGAAAUCAUUCCAGUUUUAACAGUGUACAUUUUAUUUUUUGGAUAGCUUCAAAUCCUCAGUUCUUGGAAAAACUUUGAAACGGAUAGCAUACUCGCUAAUAGUUCUCAAAUGAAAACAGGGACUGUGUUGUCUGGCAGUCGCCCCUGGUUUUGCACCAAGGCUCACAGCCUGAGCGGCUUUCCUUCGUCGCUUGGAGGCUCAUCUCCACCUGCCAUCCAUGGGGUGUAUCCGUUUAUCAUGACAGCCAGCCUUAGAGGGUGGGAGAUGCCUAGUUAUGUGCUGCCUCUAACUCUCAACUGGAAGUGCCACCUGGGAGACUUGGCACGAGAGCUUCCGAACAGUUCCCCUGGGACAUGGGCACUGACUGACUCCCCCACCCCUCCAUUUUUAACUCUUUCAUGAACUGUCCCAUCCAAAUAUAUAAAUGGGUUUUGAAACCUUAGUUUAAAAUUAGGAAGUUGCUGAAAAAGAAGCUGUCAAACAAUGAUGCCACCACGUAUUUCUGGAUCCACUUUCCAAGCCAGCGUAUUCAUUGACAGAGGGUUCGUUACAUUCCUGACAGUCCUAUUCAAGGUAUGAAUGAGGUAUGUGGCGUUUUAUCUGUGUCUGCCCUCAAGAAAGCAAGAAAAUAAAACCCAAGUACUUUUAUGACCCAACUGGUUUCUGCCUGGUCCUAAACAUCCCGUUUGUUUAGACUGAACAGUACCCAUCAUACUCAUUUGGCUAAUGAAGCGCAAUAACAACUGAGCACGUGCCAAAAUGCUGUCUUUCAUACAGACAGCCCCUGAAUAUGCCUUCAUGAGAUUUACCUGCAUAGAGCCUUAAUCCAGGAGAAAGCCGCCUAAGUAUGUGUUGAGGUUAAACACACGAGGAGCGUUCAAAUUGGUCUUAGUGUUUUGCAGAGCUUGGUCUUAAAGCCAAGAAGAACCCAGCUGGUGGCUUAGCAGACCCCUCUUGCGCAGCUGCGAUGGGACAGCAGUGAUUGCUUAUGGCUUGGUGCUUGAUAUAACCAUGGGAUGGCCGUUGGUGACCAAAUUCUCAGGCAGCUUUGCAAGCAAUGUUCCAAUUGAUACUAACCGUCUUAUUUUUCAGGCUGUCCUGAGGCCUUUAUCAAUGGAAGAACAUUAGCCAGCAUCCCAGUUCCUGGAUAUUCUCUUAAAUGACUUUUCAACCAUGCACCAUUCUCAGUGGUUUUUUUUUCUGAAGCUUGUUACUUUUAUCUUCUUGUAGAGUAUUUUUUAAAGUCAGGCUUGACAUUUUUCUCGUCUCCACCUGUUAGAGGCUGAAAGCAUUUCAGCUCACUAACGAGAGCACAAAAAGAGAGCCCGCGUUCCUGCCUCUUAAUUUUCCUUGCAGACAUCCUGGCUCAAGAUUUAUUUUCAAUGUUGCUUAUGCUGUAAUGUUGAAAACAUUUUAUAGCUCACGUCCACAUUAAUCACAGUACCAAACAUUAUUUAUUACAGAAGUGAUAUUGCAUGAAUACUUGAAAUCGGUUCUAAAAAAAAUUGGGGUUUUAUUUUUAGAAUCUGUGAAUAUUUAUAGUUAAUGUUUAUUUUGCAACAGAUUUUUUAAAAAAAUAUUUUACAUAUUUUAAGUUUAAGACUUUGUUAAAGGGGAUCUAGACCCAACAUUCCAGAAACAAGUGUUUAAUUACAGGUAAAUUUCCUAUGGCAGGUUGUCGAUUUUUAAUGAUACAUGAAUCGAAUUGCCUAAGCACAAGAUUUCUAUUACAACUUUCUAAUAACUAACUUUUACUAACUUAACUUACUAGUUUCAAGUGGUGUGGCAUCUUAAGCAUCCAUUUCUUCCAGUCGCUUAGCUCGGUGUGGCAAAAUUAAUCUGCAGGCAGAAACGGCUCCUGUGCAAAGAUCCAUUUGGCGGAUCAGGUCCAACUUGCAAACUGUGCUGCGUAAGUUAAAGCACCAGGGGCUGUGGGCACAGCAGUUGGUGCAGGCUUCAGUGUUAGGAGCCUGCCUUCGAUAGUGAAGAUCACAGAUUGGGAGGAAAGAGGAGCGGAUCUUGACCUCACUCCUCCCAGUAAGUGACCCAUGCUGCCAAAGCUCUCUAAGCUGAGCAUCCGCAUGAUUGCCACACUUACCCAGAAGUUCCCAUGGAAUCCAUUCAUGAUCAUUGCCGCGUAACUUUGGCCCCUUUCCCAUCAGAUUGAUCAAACCCCUCCAUUUUAUUAUGGGGAUGGGGAAAUUUUGAAGUUCUUGCUUGUCAUUUUCCCUCAAUUAAUAUGUGAAGCAUCUUUAAAUGAGGCAAACGCUUUAGGAACUUUAUGAAAGACGUACAGUCUUGUUAUAUGUGAUAUGUGCACAGUCUUGGUGAAUAAUAGUGGAAUCCCUUUUAGAAAUAUCAUGAGAAACUGGAUGAUUCAUAUAGAAUUUAUGCUGAAAGAAAUUCAUGCUAGAAUUGGAAGCCGUUACGUUUUUAGUAUCUGAAAGCACUGGGGAAAACACCAACCAGGCCAGUUUUUUAUAGUUGAUGCCCACCAUUAAUAAAGAUAAGAAGCUGUCAUUAUGAAUCCUAGAAUCAUUAACUACCACUAAGCAAACUGAAAAUGUGUCUUUAGUAAAUACACCAAAAUAGUAGACCCUGCCCUCUUUCCUGCAGUAUAGAAGAUUUCGUGGCAGGCUGACUAUAAGACCAAAUAAGCACAUGUUAAUUCUCAGGCUAGGAGCAGCCCUCCAAAACAGAAAAAAAGGAAGAUGGAUCACUGUGAUUUCAGAUGAAACCAUUGGGUACAGAUAUUUGCAGUGUGCGUGUUGGUGAUUUUGGAAACCAGUUUCGAAAACCUGUGCCAGUUAAGAAUUGAGCCAAAUCCUCACCCAAGUUUGGCUUUUAAAUAGCUUGCCUUGGCACCAACCCUCCCCAACUUCCUUUCUGUUAGUUUCCUUCCUCUUUCCUAAACGGAAGUUGCAGGUGGAGGGAGCAAAGACUUGAGGGAAAGCAUCCUUGGUGUUCUCUGUGACCAAUGGAGGUUUCAAGUAGUGGUGGACUGGCCAUUUAAUGUACAGGGAAAGUUUCUGAUUGGUUACUGCCCUGGAUUGCUGCUAGCAGCCCUAGAAGAAACAGAGCUUCAAACUAGUAGCGCAGCCAGCACUGUAGGGGCCACCUGAGCAGUGCAGAGGAAGGGGGAGAGACGAGUGAGCCAACGCCCAUUGUGGGUGCUGCUGUCCAGGUCUCCUCUGAGUGGCCCCUGCUUGUGCUGCUGCAGAGGUCACUUAGCCUGGCUUGCUUUGGGGUCCUUUUAACUUUCCAGCCCACCUCCGUUUUCAAGCAUAGUUGGAAAUGUCUGUUGCUGCUGGGAACACUGUUGUUUUAUGUAUUUAUUAUAUUUAUUAAAUAUAUUGAGCCAGGAGAAAGAAAUUAAACUAAAGAACCCAGAACUCUUAGCAACUACUCCAGUUCUUCCACAUGCUCAAAACUCCCCCAUUUUGUUGCCCGGCAUUCUGGGGCUUUUAUGGUGGACACCCCAUUUCCCUCCCCACCACCCUCAAGAGUUUGGCAGAAGACUGGCAGAGAUCUCCCUCUGUAUCCAUCUGCCCAGAUUGUCCGAGAACUCACAGGGAAUCGUGAGCCUUCUCCAAAUGUUCUCUGACAACACUCAGAAAAAUCGGACCUCUUCUGAAUCACAGUGGGGUAGGUGACAUUUGUCCACAUGAGACCAAACUGGACUCUAAGAGCCACGGUGCCCGUUUGCUAGAAUGAGCUUUGGAUGCAUUCUGUAAACGUGGGUGUGUGUGCUCUUGCUCUGUUCCCAUUUGUUUUGAUGGGCCUUGUGCAGGAGAACUUUCCAAGUGUUGAUGGCUUUUCCCAAACUAGGAGAUUUUUUAUUAUUCUAAAAUAAGUAACGUGAGAUACAUUUUUUGAAUGAAAUCAGUGUUUGAGAGAUUAGAAACUUAUGUAUUAAAAUAUUUUUGUCUGGAGGCUAAUAGACAUGACAAGCACUUUAAAAAGCAACUUUAUUUGUGCACUUUUCUUUUUUGAUUGCCUCCUGCCUGGAAUUCUGCAUCAGGCCAGAAGCAGAGAGACUACAAUACGUGCUUUAUGGAUUAAAAAAAUUCAGUGUGUUAUUGCGGGUAACUUCUACAGCUUAAAUGUAGCUACUGACAAUGAAAUGAUACUGACAUACAAGUCACAUUUUGAACUGGGGCGGUUGUGGUUUUCUAUAAAUAAUCAUAACCUUGUGUAAAGUUACCAUAUGGCAUAAGCUGCACAAUGGUGUGGAUUGUGGCCGUGUAUAAAAGAAGUCAGCAAAGUAUAUUCCUCUCAGUGAAAACUGUUUUGGUAUUGGAGAACUGAAUUCUUUAAAGGCAAUUAUGUAGAUUUUAAAAAUCAGGAAAAAGUAUUGGGCAAUUAUCUAUUUUGUGUAUUUUUACAUAGAGAAGGAUUUUUUAAUGUGCCAAUAAUCAUCACUGUGCCGUUUUGUAACAAAGUGCUAAUGUUGUUCAAAAGUACUGUAUAUGAAAAUAUUUUAGCCACAAGAUUUAUUAGUAAAUAUCAAAAUACAUUUCCAGAUCUGACUUGCAUCUCUUGGAGUAAAGGCAGUUAAUAGUUUCUAAAAAAUCUUUUUGUAUGUAGUAAAUAUGAACUAUAUUACAUUCAACAACUGGGCAUGUGUAAUUAUAUCAAGCUUUAUAUGUGUAUAUAUAUAAAUAUAGUGUUGCAGUACAUAUUAGCUUGAGAUGCUUUUAUCCAAAUUGGUUUUGACAUUUUAAUCCAUUUUAUGUAAUCUACCAAAGGAGGUGAGAAGAUUGCACAAACCUGCCAACUCUGCCUCAUUAGCACGCAAAAGUCCUCUGCUUCAUGGGUCACAGUAACGCAUACAAAAGAAUAAAUUUAUGCCAGAGCCUUGGGGAGCAAUCCUAAACUAGUCUAAGUUGGAAGUAAGUCCCAUGUUAUUCAGUGGGGCUCAUUUCCAGGAACCUGUCCACAGGAUUGCUGCCAUAUUCUUAGAAAGUAUCUUAAGUGCGUGGUAACUACUUAGAUAUAAUUUUAAACGCUCCUACAGUUAGAAAAGUGGGUGUCGGGUUAGUGGUUAUUUUAUUUUUCCAUUCAAGCAUGCAUUUUCUCUGUCUCGCUUUUCUUCCCCUCCUUUUCUCCUCGUCACUGCCGGUGCCAGGGUUUCUGGCGCCUGCAGCGACCCUCCAACAUGUGCGCAUGCAGCACGAGAUGGGGGCAUUGGCCGGCAGAUGACUGGAGUGGGGGCGGAGGGUGCUCUGCGCUCCGCACACCACCCUGGCAGCGACUCAUGGCUGCUGCGCCCGGCUGGGGGCAUGUGGCGGCAGCGGCACGAGGCUGGCUGCAGCAGCUGCGGCCCAGCCAUGCCAGCUCCAUGGUGCGCACCUCUGCCCCUGACACCCCCUCCGGUGCCCUUGCGCCCUGAGGCCACCGCCUACCUGGCCUCAAUGGGUGCGUCGGCCCUGCUCCUCGUCAGCUAAAGUAGUGCUGGCUAGAAGCAGUUUUCCCAUGUCAUGAAAAGUUUAUCAGGACGGGGCUUAGAACUCCUCUGGUGAUUUCUUUUUCCUCUGUGGUGGCUUUAGAGACGCUUCUGCCAGUAUUGCACUGCGGCUCGGACAAGAAAGAGUUUCUGUCCAUCUUUCAAAGCUCAGUGAUAGCCACUCGUGGUCCCAGUUUGAACUGAGUAGGGAGAGGGCAUUUUGCCCUUGCAGGCCCCUUUGAAGGAAAAGGGGGCACUGUAUGAGUCGGAACAUUUAAAUCCCCCUCCCCAUACCUUUAAGAGCUUUUAAAGAAGAUCCAUGGUAUUGUCUCCUUUCAACCUGAGAUACUAAAGUAAGUUGUGAAGAAUACUGCCUACUACUUCAGAAAUGUAUGUCUGAACCAGACCUAGGUCAGACAGUUUUUACCAUUUUAACAUAACACCAUUUUAUUUCUCAACCGACCAAGCCUAUAAUGUAUAAAAAGUGGUGUAUAUUUUAUUAAAACAUAACCGUAUAAAGUUAAAUGUUUUUAUGUUCCAAUUGCUUUACUGGAAGUUCAGUCUCUAUGUAAAAAUAAAUAUCUUUAAAGAAUUGUCUGACAAUUGUAAAUG